AUGAACAGCGUCGGCGAGGCCUGCACGGAGCUGAAGCGGGAGUACGACCAGUGCUUCAACCGCUGGUUCGCCGAGAAGUUCCUGAAGGGGGAGGCCGGCGGCGGCGACCCUUGUGUCCAGCUCUUCAAGCGCUACCAGCUCUGCGUCCAGAAAGCAAUCAAAGAGAAAGACAUACCUAUCGAAGGGCUGGAGUUCAUGGGCCCCAGCAAAGGAAAAUCAGAAGACUCUUCCUGACCAUCAUGGAACCAGAAAGACUCUCUUAGGAAACGCUUCUUUAAAAAACAACAACUUCUGAAAAAAGGACUCUGAAUAGCUACAUGUGUGGCUGAGACACACCGAAGGACUUUCCUCUAAUGCAGCGGUUCUUAACGUGGGGUCUGCCUGAUGGUGAUGGACUACAACUCCCAGCACCCCCAGCCACAAUAAAUUGUGGCUGGGGAUGCUGGAAGUCGGAGUUCAUCAACAUGAGGCUCUAGAGCAACUUCUGUCUCAACAGCCUGGAAGCUGCCGUUCCAUUUUAAAGGCAUGUGCGCACACACAGAAGGGGUAAUCUGCAAUGUCAGAUUACAACUAAUUCUGUAAUCUUGUAUUUCUAAUGAUGGAAUUGGGGAGAAGCUGAUGGCUGGCUGAUAACCAACUGGUUGUUUGUCUUUAUGUAUGUUUAACAACUGUAAAAGUUAACAUAUGGGGUGGGAUAGAAGUAUUGAUUGAGAUUAAUGGGCUUUUGCAGCUGUCUUCCUCCCUGCCCCCGCCAAACCCUCAGUGCCACUGGGUGGCAAAAAGUGUCUUUUUAAAGGCUGUAGAGAUGGAUAGGGGAGGCAGCACCCAAGGAGGAUUAGUUUGGCAAAAUGGUGUCAUGGAUCUGAGGAAGAUAGUAUAUGUAUGUGCAAGUGUAAAAACUCUCCAACCAGCUAUUAGAAAGGUUUCAGGCACACAGGGCUUCCUUCCUGCAAAGGGAAGCAAGAUCUAGACUUCCUACUUGCCUCUACUUGUGCCUGGCCUAUGAAAGGUGCAGGAGAGAAUCACAUGGUUUUACUUCCUCUCUCCUUAAGAGGAAGCUGCUGUGAUGCCUUUCUACCUCAGUCUGCAAAGAUCGAGAGCUGAAAAAAAGCAGGCAAUAGUAUAAGCAAGUCCUUAAAAUCUUGCUUUGCUAAUGUGAAUUCUGAGGCACCUUGUAGAAUUAAAGCAAAGUCCAGCACUGGGGAUGCUUUCUUGCCUUUUAAGUUUUCAUGAUUUGUGGUAUCUUGGGAUACCUGCCCUAAACUAUUGUAAGCUUGUCUUUCGCAGCAGAAAUUGGCCUUCUAGUAUGAAGCCUGUGAUUGUUUCCUUUGAGGCAAUUGUUCAUGAGCUUUAGAUUCUGAAAAACAGCAGCACGAGUGAUGGCUUCCCCAUAAACAGCUGGGAUUUGGGGGAAACCAUCUGUGUAUGUGUCUUCUUGGAGCUCUCUGGAAGGCACCGACAUCCAGAAUUUUAGGUGUUCUUUGUGCUUUGGAAAAUGUUGAUAUUAGAUUGCAGGCUUACUGCUUUCUUUAUGAACAAAAUGAAACUGCUGAAAAAAUGGUCAAAGGCUCCUGCUCAGCCUCAUGGGUAAAGUUACAGUAAUUUUCUGUAGGUGUGAAAUGUUGUUCAUAUUCAUUUUGCUUCUGCGGGUGCUAGCCCAUUAUGGGGAGAGAGCAAAGAUAGUUCACCAUAAUCUCAAUGCAGCUAUAGAAGUAUUCUCGCAAAAGAAAGUGCCUUAUGGCUGUGUUCUGUUAUGAGCAAUAAUGGGAAACUAGAAUAAAAUGUAGAGCUACAGUA